AUGGAACAAAUCAUUCAACAAAUUCAACGCCUGGAAAAUGCCAAUCGAGAGGAAGAAGAAAAGAUUGAGAAGGAACGAUUGAAUCAUCAGGAAACUCAACGUUUAAGGGACAAGACUCUGAGAGAGAUGGAGGAAGUUGAGAAGAGAAAUCAAGCCUUAUCUGAGUCUAUUCUUCAAUUUGAAGUAAAUAAUGAUGGCAUUAAAGUUGAGAAUCAGAACCUUAAAGCUUUGUUGAAGGAGUCUAAAGGUAGGCUACGUGAUUUGCAAACUCAACUUGAGGACAUGAAGAAAGAAGUUGAUGCUUGCUCCGCUCAGGUCGCUCAAAGGCUUCAUCAAAUCAAUGGAAGCUUAUCUGAAAAAGUGAAGAAUAAUUCCAUCAACAAUGUCAUGAAACAAACGGAGAUCCUUAAGAGAAGGCUAACGGAAUUGAAGAGAAGAGACGACUUGAGAAAGAAAUUAGAACCAUCCUUUGAGGCGAGCAAGUUGGAUGAAGCAGCCACUCGCUUGGAAUCAGAACGAAGCGAAAUCCAAAGAGUUUUGGCAGAACAGCAACAAAACGUUGAAGCAAGAAGAAUGGAAUUGGAUAAACUGUUGAAUGAGUUCAACGCUAAUUCUGAACGAUUUAGAGCGCAAUGCUCUUCUCAAGAACAACCACAAGGAAGUGAUCUCCAAAGCGUAACUCUCGAAGUGAAUGUACCCGAUAGCAUCAGAGAGAGCUUCUUUCAAUGCAAGUCCGAGCUCCUGAGUGUCAGAGAAAAACAUGCUGAGGAGGAUUUAAUGGCUACCAACCUCGAACAGAAAUUGAAUGAAAUUCUCAAGAAAACGCAAGAAUUGAAUGAAGUUCUCAACACCAUGUCAUGUUCAAAAUGUUCUGCCAACAUGGCGCUUACCAAUGAAUAG